CAAAUACAUUCUUCACGCGAUCUAAUCUUUCCUUCUCUCAUGUAAUAUUAGUCCCUCUUUCCUGAACAGCGCGCGCUCACUUCGCGAUUAUGGACAUGGAUCAUUUGAUCGGUCAGAGGUUCAACCUCAUCUCAAAAAGUGAAAUUCGCUAUGUCGGUACGCUUCACGAAAUAAACCCUGAACAAUCUACAAUCGCGCUCGAGAACGUCUAUUCCUUUGGUACCGAAGAUCGGCAAGCCGAGAAAUUCAUUCCACCUUCACAGCAGAAAUAUGGCUUCAUCAUUUUUCGAGGCAGCGAUGUCAAGGAUAUCAAGGUCGCAGAGGAGGAACAAUCACAAACAUCUCCUCCUCCAAGCAUGCCAAAUGACCCAGCUAUUCUGAACGCGUCUCAGCCAGGUCCACCACCUCCUGGUCCUCCACGCGAACAUUUCUCUCCUCCUGGCUACCCUCCACACCCUCCCUUCGGUGGCUUCUAUCCUCCUGGUCAAUUUGGCCGAGGAUAUGGACCACCUCCUGGUGGAUUCGGACCUCCUGGACCUGGCUUCUCACCUUACGGUCCUCCCCCGCCUGGAUAUUUUGGUCCUCCAGGACAGGGCUUCCCACAAGGUCCUGGACCCCAGUUUCAACCCCCUCCACCUCCCAUUGGGCCCCCAGGGCAGCGUCAUGAUGGACCUCCACCACCAUCUCAACUUCCACAAGAUCCUCAUUCUCGACCUUCUGCGAAUGCUCCGAACAACAACCUCACUUCAGAACUGCCAGUUGACAACAAAGCUGCCCAAUCUCCCUUCCCUGUACCAGCAAAAGAUGCCCCCUCACAAUCAAAGCCAACGGCUGCUCAAGUCGCAGCUAGGCCGCCACCACCAAGCACUAGCUCCGAGACGACGCAAAGAAAGGCUGCAGGACCAGGUCCCAAGUCCAACAAAGUCGCCCCAGCAGUUCCUUUCACAGUGAACCAAAAAGUGUUCACUCCCCCAGUAGUACCGGCAGCAGAUGGGCCAGCAACAAAUGGCGCUGCUGGUAAACUUGCAAAGCCCGCGCCGUCUCAAUCUGCAAUGGAUGAGGCCGCCAGACAAGCUAAAGAAGCUGUAGCAGCAGCUAUGGCAAAGCUAAAUCCCCAAGCAGCAGCUAGUUCGCAGACCAAACAAGCCGCCCCUCCAGCAUCUGUUGAUGCAAUAACGAGGCAAAUGGCAGAAGUGUCCACCUCAGGCACCACGAAUGGGACAGUACGUGGAGGUAGAGGUUCAUUCCGCGGCCAACGAGGCGGACGUGGCAGUGGAGCCAAGAAGAUCGAAAUACCAAAGUCUGACUAUGACUUUGAGUCCGCUAAUGCGAAAUUUAACAAGGAAGAUCUGAUCAAAGAAGCUAUUGCGACUGGCUCUCCACCUGUUGCUGGGGUCGAGGAGAGCGCAGUAACCGAUACACUUGACGGUGAUGUGACAGCCCCUACACCGCAGAGAAAGGACAGCCUGAACGCUGCCCCAGCUUACAACAAAUCGAGUUCAUUCUUCGACAAUAUUUCCUCCGAAGCAAGAGAUCGGGAGGAUGGUGAUCGUGGCACAGGCAGGCAAAUUCGAAGCGAAGAAUUCAAAAAGAACAUGGAAACCUUCGGUCAAGGAAAUGUCGAUGGUGGCUACCGAGGACGCGGAAGGGGUGGCUAUGGCCGGGGUCGUCAAUAUGGAGGUAAUUACCGUGGUGGCUAUGGAAAUCGCGGAUACGGCUAUCGAGGCAACAGAGGCCGUGGCGGUCAGGGACAGGUCCCUGAUCAGACUCAAGCUCAGUCCUAGGUUUGUGUGCAUUUCAGCUGGCUUUUCAUUACCAUUUCAUCAAUGAACUUUGGUGGGAAGUGGUCUUCUUGCACAGCGGGGAAAAUUAAGGGUGGGAAGCAUUUGUACAAUACCUGGCCUUCGGUUUCGGUUGGCGUUGCCUUGUACUUUUCUCAUACAGAAAAGGUAGAAGGAUAUGAAUGAAACGGGGACGGAUACGAAAUGAGCCGAUCUUAAGGCAAGGAUAACAAUCGAGAUACCUCUCAAACAUGGCUAUUUAAGUUCCAGGAAACUGCCAUUAAAAGAAGUCAUGAACAAUGAAUUUGAAUGAAGAGAACCAGGAAGAUAUCGUGCAGCCGA